AUGUCCUCAGGAUGUUUGACCCUCAGUAACACCGAGGGUCGCAUCAAUUUGAGCAGAGGUGUCAGCGGACCGAAGGUCGGUGGUUGUAGUGAUCGAUUCCCUGAUCUGACCAUCCAUCAGUCACGGGAUUCAUCGCUCUUCCCCGAUGGAAAGUCUAAGACACCUUUUAUUUACACCUUGGACGACAGUCCAAAAGCAUGUUUGACCCUCAACAACACCAAGGGUGGAGUUGUUGAUGGAUUGAAGGUCGGCGUUUGUAGCGAUGGUUUCCCUGAUCUGAACACCUGUCAGUCACAGGAUUCAUCGCUCUUCGCUGAAAGAAAGAUUGUGAGAGAACGUUUUAUAGACACUGUGGACGACAGCCCAAAAGUAGGCCGUGAGGGGAAGGGGGCAAGGAUCCGUGGGCUCUUCAAAAGAGCUUGCAAGGCUGUAGCGCGCCCCUUCCUCAGCUGCCGGAGGAACAAAGUAAAACCUAUUGUUCCUCCACUGAAGCCGGACAAAUCUUCUUCAGGGCUGUCUGUCCAGUAUGCAUCCAGCCCCGAGGACAGUUUGGACUCAGGUUCUUACUGGGUCGGGGAUACAUCAGAUGCAUGUCCGGCUCAAGUGAAAAGUUCAGCCAAAGUUUGGUCUAUGGCUGAUCAAACUUCUUACACGGAUUCAUUUGAGGAAACGCAUGUAUUGAAUACAUCGGACAUAGCGUCCGCUUCCUUAGAUGACAGUGCCGAUCACAGGAAAGGCGUUGAAGAACUGAUGAAUGCCCCAUCAGGUUCCAUAGAGACCUUAAGUCUCGAUGCUCACAGUGCCGUGAAGGCAUCUAGUAGAGCUGUGAAGAGAAGAUCUUUAUCAGCUGACAGUUGGUCCAGUGGGAUGACAUAUGAGUCAUCAGAAGCCGCAUACCUGGACUUUGAAUAUGGCAUGAAUAUGGCAGAGAUCUGCCCAGAAGAACAAUGUGCCAAAAAGAAGGCAGGAAAGUGGGGGAUCGUAAAGAGAACCUGGAAGGCUAUAGAGCGAACCUUCCUCUCCUGCGUCAGUACCAAAGUGGAGCCUUUUGUGCCUCCACUGCAACCAGACACUUCCCCAUCUUAUCAAGAAAGUUUUGAUGAUUAUGUGGAGACUUACUAUAACGUGGGGGAUGUUUUGGGUGAAGGUUGCUUUGGAAGUGUCUGUGAGGCCACACGUAUAUCUGAUGGCCAAAAGGUCGCCAUCAAAUUCAUACACAAGCUUGGCGAUGACCGUACUCUUGCUAUUCCUGGCUAUUCUGAACCUCUGAUUACAGAAGUGGCACUCAUGGUUAAGAUGAGUGAACCUCCCUUAAGCCCAAAUGUAAUCCAGAUGAUCGAAAGUUUUGAAGACGAUGAGAAACUAGCAAUUGUUAUGGAGUACCCCCAGCCCUGCAUAACCUUACAUGAUUACAUAACAGAGAAUGAGAUGUUAUGUGAAGAAAUAGCGCGUAUAUUAAUGCGUCAAGCGGUGCAGGCAGUAAUAGACUGCAUUGACCACGGUGUCGUUCAUACUGACAUCCAUCCUGGUAACAUCCUGAUCACCAGCACUUUAGGCCUGAAGUUAAUUGACUUCAGUUGUGGUCAGCUGUUUACCAGAGAUGUCUAUGACAUUAGUCAGUAUGUAGGUGAGCUGGGUUUUUUGUGUCCCUGUAGCACAGUAAUGGAAACUUAUUUAUUAUGUGACACUUGUACAGUUUGGCUAAACUCUGAAUCUGUCUCACUUACAGGAAACCGAGGGUACUGCCCACCCGAGGUCACAGAGACGAACAGAUUUCAUGCCAUCUCUGCCAACGUCUGGUCUCUUGGUGUGCUCCUCUUUGAAAUGGUCAACGGAUGUUUGCCGGAUCCAGAGUCGGAGGAAGUCCUGUUUGUGAAUCCUGACUUAUCAGGAGGGUUGGAUCUAAAAGUGCUGGACACUACACAGGACUGAGCAAACCAGACCAGACCUCAUUGACCUUAUAAAAUACUGUAGAUAUAGAAAGUAGAUAUAUAAAGCAAAC